GCUGGGAAACGUGGGGAAGAUCCUGCGCACUCAGCGAGCCCUGACCAAAACCUUCCCAACUGGGAGCGUCUGCAAACCUUCAGUUCGCCGUUCCGGCAUCAUCAGCACGAGUAGUACGGAGUACUCUAUCCCGGCAAGUUGCUUGCCGAGAGUCUGGCAAUUAACUCGCGAUCCACGUUUGUCUACCACAAACGCCCGUGAUAUAUUGCUUCGCUGUCAGUGGCCGUUAUGAACCCCAACCACUAUGUAGGAACGGGAUCAUUAGGCAAAAACACCCGGGCCGCCCAGAUUCCGUGCAGCCGUCUUCUCAAGCAUGGACUAAGGACGGCAUGGGACGAAUGAUAAAGCCCUCCGUUCCGGACGCUGUGAAGAUGGUAUCUCUAGAUGGACACUCUUGAGGUUGGGUCCUGAGGCCCCGUCGAAAAUCUCACUAGAUCCAAUCGAACCAACAUGCAAUUCACCGUAGCAUCCUUACUGACCCUCGCCGGGCUCGCCGCCCAGGCUUCGGCACACGGCCUUGUUCAAAAGCCAGCGACACGCACACCGGGUGCUGCCACGGAGGCGGCAUGCGGCAAGACCAUGACCGACUUCUACCGGGCCGACAACACGUCGUACCCGGAAGCGCUGCUCCGCGCGAACCCCGGCGGGCUGAAGAACGGCUACGACCCGAAGAAGUGCAACCUCUGGCUCUGCAAGGGCUAUCAGUUUGCCGACAACGCGGGGAACGUGCAAAGCUACAGGCCGGGACAGGCAGUCGACCUCCAAGUCUGGAUCCGCAUCCCGCACAAGGGCUACGCCAACGUCUCGGUCGUCGACACGGCCAGCAACAGCGUCAUUGGCACGCCCCUGAAGUCCUGGCCCGACAACUACGCGGCCUCGCCCAACCCGCCAGCGGACCAGACAAAGUUCAGCGUCACGAUCCCGGAGCUGGGGGGCAAGUGCACCGAGGCUGGUGCUUGUGUCAUUCAGUGGUACUGGCUGGGCCAGGGUCAGACAUACGAGUCGUGCAUUGACUUUAUUGUUCCGGCGCCGGCGACGGCAGACUUGGACCAGUCUCACAAACGCCGGAUCAGGGGGCAGUCAUGGGCUUGAUCUGUAGGCAGCCAAGCAAACAACUGCCGGUUUCUUCUUGCCGUAUGGAAGGAGCAAAAAGACUCUGCUGCCCGGUUAGGGAAUUCAAGGAGAUAGGUGCCAUGCGGGUGGUCAAAGUUCCUUACGUGUGCGGUGCUCUUGCAGAACUCAUCCGUGGUAUCACUCUUUCCUUGUUGACACCUUACUUGGGCUGAGUAAGAACUACUAGACGGACUGAACGUGCGCCUUGACGGUCCUGCAAAGCCUAACUGUGACCCUGCUAUUUUCACCU